GUUCUAACAAUGGACAGAAACGAAGACCUCUUUUCGCACACUUUGAACACAGAAUUGGCGGAAAUCGCGGCAAUCGUCAGGAAUUUAGCGAUUAUUCCGCGCGAGAAACGCCUCGAGUGUCUGCAGGGAUUAAGAAAGGCGCUGAAGAGAUCCCAGAAUGCGAUUCCCUUCCAGAUCCAGAACGAGUUCUUUCUGCUCCUCGCCUUCCUGCUGGACGACGCGUCUUCACGACCGCCGGUCACGUGCGAGUGUCUCUGGCUGUGCGUUGACGUCAUUCCCUUCCAGCCGAACCUCGACUCCAACUUCGCGCCCAUUCUGCCCAAAAUCGUCGCCUUUCUCGGCCACGACUCGCCGGACGUGCGGCGGGCGGCGUUGCGCGCCCUCCACGUGCACAUGCGCUACACACUGAACCUGCAGAAGUGCGUCAACACGUUCGUCGCGUUCGGUUUGCAGAACGCUUCGCUCGACGUCCGCCGCGGCGCUGUCGUCGCGCUCCCGCUUCUCUUCACCGAAGAGUUCUCCAACGAGAACCUCUUCCCAUUGGUCGACGCGUUGGGCCGCCUUCUCGUCCAAUCGGACGCCGCGCUCUUCUACCCCGUGUUCCUCGCGCUCCAACGCCUGCACUCCGUUCUCGGCAAUCAGACUUUCGGCGCCUAUUUGGACAGAAUGUCGGCCGAGACGCAGGAGCUCUACUCGUCGGUGCUCUCGCGCAACCCCUCCGCCGACGGCAACACCCGCAGAGACGACUCGCUGCUCGAGAGCUCCAAAACGGUCACUUUCCAGACGUCACGUGACCGCGACUUGUCGCCCGAGUUCCCCUUCCGCCUCAAGUACGGCUUCUUCGCGCCCAAAGUGAUCCAAAAGGCGCAGAGCUCGCGCACAGACGACAAACUCGACUCAAUUCAAGCGGUUUUGGCACAAGUGCGCGACUCUUCCCAUUUAUCCCAAUUGUUGCCGGAAAUGCGCGACUUUCUCACGGAAUUCCUCGCGCAACAACUCAACGAACAGAACAACUUCAAGGUCACGCUCUCCGCCCUCGACGUCAUCGAGACGCUCGUCGAACGACUGAAGGGCGCGCUAACAAUCAAUCUCGACGUUCUGGUCGCCAUCCUCGCCAAACGCCUCGGCGACUCGCGCACAGUGAUCCGCGACUCCGUGAUCCGCGUGCUGCACGCGGCCAUGAUGCACGCGUUCCCGCCGCAGCAGCUCCUGGAUCUCCUUCUGCUCCACAAACCGUCGAAGAACCCGAAAGUGCGCGAAGAGGUGGUCAACAGGGUGACGGCGGCCGUCCUGACGUUCCCGCGCUCAGAGUUCAACCUGGCCAAACUGUGCUUCUCUGUGGCGCCACUUCUCACCGACAGCCGGCGCUGCGUGCGUUUGGCCUCUUUGGAGUGUUUGGCUGUUCUCGCGCAGGCUUUGGGCCCCAACCGCUUGGCGUCGCUGAUGGCUGCCGUGGAGGCGAUCGAGCAGAACGUGGCGAUCGACGGUCUGGUCAACGCUCUGCACGCGCGCCUCGCCAGACGACAACUGCCGCGCUGUGGCGCCGACGGCACCGUUCGCUACGUCCUCAACCCGCAGCACUUCUCCGGAUGGUUCACGUCGGGCGCAGACGCAGACCUCGAGUGGGUGAUGCUGGCCACGCCCUCCUCCACGGGCGGCACGCCCCCCAAGAGGGCGAACGGGAGUUCCGGCAUUCCUUUGGCGGCGAUUCCGUUCGACAGACGGAAGAGCAACGCUUUGAACGCCGAGAUGGAGAGCGAGGCGACGGACGACGACGCGGCCAUCGUGGAGGCCAUCGGGCGGCGGAAGUCGUUGGCGGAAGUGAACAUCGAACAGCUGUUGUCGUCCGGCGUCGAGUCCUCAGCCAAUGAGCGCGCGUUCGUCGACUUCAGGGGAGAAUCCUUCCAAUCGGACGAGAAUUGCGAGCAUUUGGAGCGCGCGAACGAAACAGAGAGCUUAGAGCAAUGGCGCGAAUAUUUCAGCGAAUUCAGAGCACAGUUGGCGGAAGUGGCGAUCUUUGGGCGAAACGAGAGUAAAAAAAAGCGCAGAAACUCCGAACUUCCGGUUCAACCGCUGUUCGCACAAGAAGUGGACGGAUUCCGCGCCGAAUCUCCCGUCCAGUCGUCGUCGGCGCCGUCGACCGCGUCCAACGACGCGCCCUUCUUCGCGCCCGACGUCACGACUCUGAUCGAGAAUCGCUUCGAACCAAUCGAAAGAUCGCUUUCUUUGCCUUCGAUUCAAAACGAGAUUCAAAUCGAAGAACAAAAAGAAGAGGAAAACAAUGAUCCGCCCCAAGAGGAGGAGCGCGAGGCGAACGGCGACCCAAUGAGCGUCAGCUACACGCCGAAGCCGCCCUUCAACACGCCCAUCGCCCCGGAGACGCCGCCCCCUGAGCCGGAAGCGGAGGCCACACUUGUAGAGCCGCCGCUACUGAGCGUGCAAUUGGCGACUCCGCAACACUCGCGCACAGAGUCGCGAUCACGUGACGCGUCAGUGGAACGACUGGAGGUUUGGAACGAAAGAAAAGCGGAAGAAAACGAAACGAAGAGAAAACAGACAAAAAGAACGGAAAUCCCGAGAAGAAAGCGCGCGCAACCCGUCGGCCGUCUCUCGCGCUCCCAAUCCCCUCGGCGUCGCCCCUCCCGGCCGGCGCAGCACCUGUACAUCAAGACCACGCCCGCCAUUCCCGCCAACGCCAACAUCAGACUCAUUCUGGCGAAUGUGGCGCGCAAUGAGGGGCCGUUCGAGAAUCCCGCGGAGGCCGCCAGGGCGGCGCUGCUCGCGCUGCACGACGACGCCUGGACGACCAAGGUGGAGGGCAUGCUGGCCGUGACGCGCCUGGCCACGUUCCACGCGCCUGCGCUCCUCAAGGACCAGCACGCGCUGAUCGCGGCCAUCGUGGCGGAAGUGCGGAACCUGCGCUCCACAGUGGCGCGCGCCGCCAUCUUCGCGUUGGGAGAACUGUUCGCGCGGUUGGGCGCGCAGGCGGAGCCCGAGAUGGACGCCAUGUUGGCCGCGCUGUUGGCCAAGAGCCAGGAGACCGCCGUGUUCAUCCGCGAAGACGUCGAGCGCGCGAUCCUUCAGGCGGUCGUGCAUUUGCCGCAAACCCGAACCGCCAUCGCGCUCAUCAACGGCGGCGCCAACCACAGGAACGCGUCGGUGCGCCGGACGUGCGCGCAGUUCGUGUCGCAGCUGGUGGAGCGGAUGGGCGCGCAGAAGUGUCUGUUGGGCCCGCGCGACAUCGCGGACCACGUGCUGCCGGCCGGCGCGCGCUUCGUGCAGGACUCGUCGCCGCACACGCGCUACUUCGGCAGGAAGAUGUUCGCUGUGCUGAUGGCGCACGUGUCGUUCGAGAAGCUGCUGCGCAAACACGUGACUCCCGGCACUUACCGCAACAUCGUCGGCAUCCUCGAGUCCGUCAAGCGCCGGGAGAGCGCGCCCAACAACGCAAACAAGUGGAAAAUAUUCGCACAACAGGACAACAAAACAACAAUCAUGGGCAUCUCGUGCGGCGCCACUCUCAUCAAGUACCUGCUCUUCCUCUUCAACGUCAUUUGGCUCCUGUUGGGCGGAGUCAUUCUGUGGCUCGGCUUCAAGAUCGCGCUGUGGGGCGGCGACUUGAAGGAGAUCUGGAGCUCCAACCUCCAGACCGGCGCCAUCGUCGUCCUGGCCGCCGGCUUCCUCAUCUUCAUCCUGGCCUUCCUCGGCUGCUGCGGCGCCAUCAAGCAGAACUCCUGCAUGCUCACCACCUACGGCGCGCUGAUCCUCGUUCUGGUGAUCCUGCAGUGCGUCGGCGCGUAUUUCGCGUUCGCCAACAAGGGAAAGUUGGAGGGCGAGUUCACGAAGGCGUUGACCGACCAGUUCCACAAGUGGAACGGCAGUCAGCUGUUCCUGCACGUCGCGAGGUCGACAACGCUGCGGAUGUGCUUCCUGCUGCCGAACGGCAAGUGCAAAGUGGGCGAAGAGGUGAAGUACAAGACGGGCUGCAAAGACAAAGUGGUGCACGACAUCAACACCUACCUGAACGGCUUGGGCGCCGUCGCCAUCGGUCUCGUUCUCAUUCAGCUCCUCAUUAUCGUCAGCGCCUGUUAACACAAGAAGGAAAAGAAUCGCAAAAAACGGUUCCGAAAACGGCCUCCGCUCGCGCCCUCCCGACCCCUCAACGCCAAUCCCUUCGACCCGAGAGACAACUCAUCGCAAAACCCGUUUUCCGUCUUCGAGAACCUCUUCUCACAACCGAUGCAAAUGUUUGGUCCGAUUUUGUCGCAGAUUUUGGGAUCUUUUGGACAACAAUUGAAUUCAGCGCAAACAACAGACGCCUCCCACGCCUCCCCACCCCCGCUCACGCCUCCCAUUAUGGCGCAAACCCCCGCCAAUAAAGACGCCCGAAUACCUUACUUCUCCUGUAGAUGA